GCCGGGCUCCGUCCUCAGCCCCAGUGACUUUGCACCCCCAGUCAGACAGGAGAGACACCCCUCGUUAGGGCUUGGCCCUUCCUGAGCCCAUGGCUCCUGCUGCACAAGGACGAGGGAAAUGAUGGAUUUCCUCCGGCACCGGCCCAGCUCCUCACACCCUGAAGGACCAGGAGCCGCCCGGGCUGCCCCCGGCCCCGACGAGGCUGUGGCGGCCCCGUCAUCCCAGUUCCCCUCCUAAACUGGGUGGAAGCUGUCCUGAUCCCCACAGGGUCAGUCCUGCCACCCCAAAUCAGGACCUGGACACUGCACAGGCUCAGACACUCAUGGCAGGGCCUCAAGGACUUCCCAGGUGUCCCAGUCACCCACCCACCCUUCCUGCCCAUCCUCACCCUCCCCACAGCCCCGCUGAUUACCCUGGACUUUGAGGCUAAUUCCCAACACCUGACCAGCUUAUUCUCCUGAGUUCAUUAUCAGCUUAAGGGCCAAAGACAUCUGCUUCCCACUGCCCUCCCAGAGAUCUGGAGGAGUCUUCCAGCUCCACACAGGAGAGCAGCAUCUCCCCUCGGAUGGGGCUGUGAGCAUCUCCACCGCACAGCGGGGCAGCCCCUCUGCCCCCCCAGUUCCAGGGCAAAAUGGCUCAGGACAUGACAGAGAAGGAGCUGCUGAAGAUGGAGCUGGAUCAGCUGAAGAAGGAGGUGAAGAACGAGAGGCAAAUGGUCUCCAAGACCGGCAAAGAGCUCAAGGACUACAUCGAGUCCAUGGCGGGCGAGGACCCGCUGCUGAAAGGAGUCCCCGAGGACAAGAACCCGUUCAAGGAGAAGGGGGGCUGUAUAAUAAGCUGAUGCCCCCUGGCCCCGCUGGCACCGCCGGGCACGGGGGUGUCCCCGUGUGCCACCCAGGACUGUCAGAAACCUGCUUUCCCUGUAGUCCGCCCUCAGCACCGAGGAGGAGCCCAGAACCACAGCGUAGUGCAGCUAAAGGACAGCAAAAGGAGAAAAAAGAAGAUAAAAACCCCGAAAAAAUAC